AUGCAUUCCAGAUUCCGACUGUUGACAAAAUCAUCCCGGAAAAUCCAAGGCUUAUUGAAAUUUGAUUUCACUUCACAACCCACAUAUGAUCCCUUCAUCAUUUCAAAGAAAAUCCAUCCAUUUUUAAUCCCAGUUCAAAAAUAUCACAAUCACCAAACCCAAAUUAGCACGAAUAUUUUCACAUCUGAUUAUGAUUCCGCCAUCUCAUCAAAAGGAUAUUCGGAUUCAUAUAUUGAAAAUGAAGCUGUAAAAAUCCAAGCCCUUCUCAAGCUUCAGUCCGACAAAUCAGUAGAAGAUAUCCAGCAGUCUCUUGCAAAAUGCAAUCUCUCUUUAUCAGAAGACUUAGUGCUCAACGUGCUGAAACGUCACCGCUCGGAUUGGAAAGUGGCUUACGCGUUCUUCGGUUUGGUUUGUAAUGGGAAAGAUUCCAAUGGAUUUUUCCCAAAAACCUGCAUUUUUAACGAAAUGCUUGAUACUCUUGGCCGAAUGAAAUGCUUUGAUGAGCUUUCCCAAGUGCUCGACGAAAUGUCUAAGAGAAAAAAUUUGAUAGAUGAGCGAACAUACGCAGUUGUGACACAUAGGUAUGCUUCCGCACAUAAAGUCGAUGAAGCAGUCGAAUUUUUCUACAAGAGAAAAGAGUUUGGUUUACAGCAAGACUUGAUCGGUUUUCAGACGCUUUUAUUGUCAUUAUGCCGGUACAAGCAUGUGGAGGAAGCCGAAUUAUUGUUCCACAAUAAGAGAAGCGAGUUUAGGGACGAUAUUAAGACAUGGAACAUCAUUCUGAAUGGAUGGUGUGUUCUGGGCAGUUUACCAGAUGCCAAGAGGUUUUGGAAGAUUAUCAUGGCGUCAAGGUGCAAACCAGAUAUAUUUACUUAUGGGAUUUAUAUUAAUGCAUUGAGCAAGUCAGGGAAGAUAAGUACUGCAGUGAAGUUGUUUAGGUCAAUGCCGGAGAAGGGAUGUAGGCCAGACGUGGCUAUUUGCAAUUGUAUUAUCGACGGAUUGUGUUUCAAGAAGAGAAUUCCCGAGGCACUUGCAAUUUUCCGUGAGAUGAAUGAGAUGGAUUGUUCACCAAAUGUUGCUACUUAUAAUUCUCUAAUUAAGUAUUUAUGUAAAAUUAGGAGGAUGGAGACAGUUUAUGAGUUGUUAGAUGAGAUGGAAGAUAAGGGAGGGUAUUGCUUGCCGAAUGCUUUAACUUAUGGUCAUUUGCUGAAGAAUGUUAAGAAGCCUGAGGAUGUUGAUAAGAUUUUGGAGAGGAUGGAAAAGAGUGGAUGUGCGUUGCUUGGGGAUACUUACAACUUGAUUUUAAGGUUGUUUGUUCACUGGGGGGAUGAAAGCCGAGUGAAAGAUACUUGGGAUGGGAUGGAGAGGAGUGGAUUGGGACCGGAUCAGAGAUCUUAUACGAUCAUGGUUCAUGGCCUUUAUGAGAAGGGAAGGAUAGAGGAUGCGUUGAGUUAUUUUACUGAUAUGGUGUCGAAGGGAAUGAUGGCAGAACCAAGGACGAAGUUAUUGGUGGAUGCCAUGAACACAAAAUUAAAAGAGGGAGAAGAGAUCGAGGAGAUGGGACGAAUGAAUGGAAACAUUUCAUUGAAUCGUUCCCAUAGGAUACGAAAGAAGAAUAAAAGUGGCUGA